AAAAACAUAAUGGUUUGAACAGACAGAGUGAAGUCCGUGGGCUAAAUGCAGAUGGCGUCCACUGAGCCAAGAAGUUGGUCCUGCGUUUGGCAAAAAAACAGAAGAGAUGAUACCAAAGCAGCCGGCUUUGGGCACGUGGGGUCGAGCCUCCUGUCGGAAAGAGUCCAGCUGUGAGUCUGGGCUUUCGCCAGGCUGGGGGCUGCAGUAGUGGCAGUGUUACCACAGCCUCCUCCAUCACAAGCAACUCAGCAGCAGCAACAGCAACAGCUCACUGGCAGGACAAUGAGUGAGCGCACCUUCAUAGCCAUCAAGCCUGAUGGAGUGCAGCGAGGCCUGGUAGGAGAAAUUAUCAAGCGAUUUGAACAGAAGGGAUUCAAACUGGUAGCCAUGAAAUUCAUGCAUGCAUCCGAAGAUCUCCUGAGAGAACACUACAUUGACCUGAAAGACAGGCCAUUCUAUGUUGGUUUAGUUAAAUAUAUGCAUUCUGGGCCUGUUGUAGCCAUGGUAUGGGAAGGUCUUAAUGUAGUGAAGACUGGGAGAGUAAUGCUGGGAGAAACCAAUCCUGCAGAUUCCAAGCCUGGCACAAUUCGUGGGGACUUUUGUGUACAAGUUGGCAGAAAUAUAAUUCAUGGCAGUGACUCUGUAGAAAACGCGGAGACGGAAAUCAACCUGUGGUUCACUCCUGAAGAACUGGUUGAGUACACAAAGUGUGAUCAUGAAUGGAUUUACAGCUGAAACCUAGUAUGUUACCCUAGAUUUUCCUAUUGUUCCACUGACAAUUGGUCUUUAAACUUCCCCUACCACAAUUCUUCUUUAAGGUUGUGUUUCUACACACACAACAUGCUUUCAAGUAUAUUUUUGGAAGCAUUAGUUGUAUUUUAAAAUACAUAUAUCAUAAUGUUUGAUGUUCUGCCUGAACAAAAAGGUUUUACUUACUGAAUUAUAAUUUAUUUAUUUACUAUUUAUUCUACUACUUGAGGUGAAAAAGGGAAAUGCUCCCGCUCCCUCUCCUAGCCAAAUCAUACUGUGUAAUACCAAAGUCUAGCAAAUUUAUUUUAUUUGUCUGCUUUAGGAUUUUUUUUUAGUAUUGAGAGUAGAAAAUUCCAAAAUAAAUUCUCCCUGAGAAUAAGAAAAAAUACAAUGAAAAGUAAAAUAAAAUAGCAAUUUGCUCCACUUUCAUGACAGUCAAAAUCAACUGCCUGGUGUGUAUGUCUCACUCUGCCCAAUAGUACAGUUGCCCCUCCAUUUUCGCAGACUUGGAGUCCGCGUCCCUUGGAAAUACGUGGGGCAAAUGGAGGGCAACACCAUGGCGCAUAGGAGCGCACGGCCAUUUGUGUCAAUAGGGACUCCAACAUUGGCGAUUUUCCAUUUUUGUGGGGAGGGGAUCCAGAACAGAUCCCUCACAAAAACGGAGGGGUGACUGUAGUGCUGGACCAAAAUGCAGAUCUUAAAUUGAUUGUAUUAACUAGAUCUAACCCAGUAUUUUAGACUAAGCUUAUGGUUAUGUGUUUCAAAGAUGAUAAUGUAUACCUUGGUUACAGAAUUGGUUGUACAAGUGAUUUGGCAAAGACAUUAUACUGUAUUACCUGACACUGAUCAGCAGAACAGCUGCUUUAACCUUAAAAUGCCAAGUGAUGGCUGCUCUAAGUCUGGUAAACCACUGCAUUAU